UUAUGCAUGGAACUACUUUCCUCUAAAUUGGACACCGAAAUAAUCUUUUCCAUCAUUUCAGCAAAAAACCAUGAACUUAUCAUCUUUCAAUCUAACUUCCUUACUCAUCUUUCUUGUUCCACCUUUAAUUUGUCUAAUCCUCAAACAAAUCAAAUUCACCUUCUUGAAAAACCAAAAUCUUCCACCUUCACCAUUCCAAUGGCCACUGAUAGGAAACAUACCAAAUUUUGUCACAGGGAAAAAACCCCAUGUCAUAGUUACAAAAAUAGCUCAAAAUCUUGGCCCUUUAAUCUCUUUAAAAUUAGGUAAACAACUUGUAGUCAUAGGGUCUUCACCAGAAUCUGCUAUUGAAAUCCUGAAAACUCAUGAUAAAAAACUCUCGGCUCGUUAUGCACCAAAAGCAACACCAAUUAAAGAAUGUGAUCUUAAGAGAUAUUCACUUCUUUGGUCAACCGAGUGUAAUAGUCACUGGAAAUCUAUAAGGGUGUUAUGGAGGACUCAGCUUUUUUCUAAUAAAGCAAUGGAAUUAUUUGCUAACAAAAGGGAAAAAGGGGUUCUUGAUAUGGUGGAUCUUUUGGUAUUUAAACAAGGUAAAGUUGUGAAAAUUGGGAACCUUGUUUUUAGUGUUGUUUUUAAUGUAUUGGGGAAUAUUUGUUUUUCAAGGGAUAUGGUUAAGUUGGAUGACGAGAGAGGUACAAGUGAGAUGAAAGGGCACAUUUGGAAGUUUAUGGAGUGUGGGACAACUCCAAUUUUAGCUGAUUUUUUUCCAAUUUUUGAUGGGAUUGACAUUCAAGGUCAAAAGAAAAAGGCAAAGAAGUGUCUUGAUAAUUUGUUUAAGGUUUGGGAAGGAAUAAUAAAAAAGAGAAGAGAAGAACAACAUUGCAAUGAAUCUGAUGUCAAGAAACAUGGGGACUUCUUGGAUUUAAUGCUUGCUAACGGAUUUUCUGAUGAUCAAAUCAAUUACAUGCUCCUGGUCGGAUAUAUCUGCUUUUUCUUAACCUGUCUUCAACCCGACCAUAUCCGAUCCGAUCCGCUUGUGCGUAGGUGUUUGUGUUGUAUGAAAGAAGGAUUCGUCCAUUGCUAGCUAGCUGCAACAACUUCAAGCAGUAUGCCGAUGGAUCGACAGUUAUACUUAGCUGUCCAGCAAGGUGAGUUGAAGGUGUUGGAUGAAUACAAGAACCAAAUUACAACCGAAUUAACUCCUUAUAAGAACACCGUCCUCCAUGUCGCGGCUGAAUUUGCUGAUUUAUCUUGGAUACAAGCCGAGCAGUUUCUUGGAGUGGUUGGUCCAGACUUGCUUUUCAGCUUGAAUUCUAAUGGAGAUACUUGCAUUCAUGUGGCUGCCAGGCAAGGCCAUUUCAAUCUUGUCAAGCCUCUCAUUGGCUACAUGAAAAAUCAUCAAGGGCUCGACAUCGAGGCAUGCCAGGAGUUGCUAAGGAUUACCAAUAACGAUGGAGACACGGCCUUGCACAAAGCUGUAAGAUACGGGCAUCACAACAUUGUGAAACUCUUGGUAAAAGAAGAUGCUGACUUCUUUCAUCCACCUAACAAUGCUGGGAAAACUCCACUCUAUUUAGCUCUGGAGGGAGGAGAUGAAGAUUCUGCAAAAUUGAUCUUGUGCAACUCUAAGUCAUUAUCUUAUGCUGGGCCUUGUGGCACAACUGCGUUACAUGCUGCAGCGAUAUAUAAUGCAACAGGAUGCAUGGACAUGAUAUUAAGAAAUGAACCAAGUCUAACAAAACAAGUAGAUGAUUUGGGAUGGAGUCCUCUCCAUUUCGCAGCAUACUUUGGGUUUGAACUGCUGGUAAGGACACUAUUAAUGGCAGAUAAACAGAUGGCUUCUGAAACCACGAAAGAAGACAAUAAAACACCUCUGCAUUUAGCAGCCAUUAAUGGUAAAUUAAAGGCAAUGGAAGAGAUUUUAGAGCAGUGUCCAGAUUCCUUAGAGGCAGUGACUACUCAAGGCCAAAAUGUUCUUCACCUUGUAGCAGAAAAUAUUGUUGAUUAUGUUAAGCCAAUCCAGGUUCAAAGCCCUCAUCUUCCAGAAAGAUACAAAUAUUUAAUGGGAAAGAAGGUGCAGAGCAUUCUUGAGAGAAAAUUGGCUAAACGAAAGAAUGACAAAGGUGCACCAAGCUGGAAAGAAAGAGCAAACACACAUUUGAUAGUUGCUACACUCAUAACAACAGUUUCUUUCGCUGCUGGCUUUACCCUUCCUGGUGGCUACAAUGGUGAUGACGGUCCAGACAAAGGCAUGGCAAUCCUAUCGAAGAAAGCAGCCUUGAAAGCAUUUGCAAUAGCAGAUACCAUUGCAAUGAUAUCAUCUACUGCUGCGGUAUUUCUGCAUUACCUUGCUACCUAUGACCAAGGGACCAUAAGCCGUUUUCGUUACUUAGGCGCUGGGACUCUUGUCAUGGUUGCCAUGGUAGCAAUGGUUGUAGCAUUCAUGGCUGGCUUGUAUACGGUGCUGCCUAAUUCUGAAGGCAUAGCUUUAGUUAUCUGUGUAAUGUGUUCUUUGUCACUUGUUGUUUUUAUAAUUCUUUUGGGUAAGCGUAUCUAUGAUGAAUAUUACGGCUUUAGAAAGAUUGAAAAAGAAGAAGGGUCUUAAUAAAUCUUGAUAUGUUAAAUCAAUUUUAGGUUUAUUCUGAAACCUAGAACUUCAUGUGAAUGUCAAGAAAGAUUUUUCAUUUCUAUUUGUUUGGCCUUUGAAUGUUUGUACUAGUACUGUGUUGAUUAGUUCUAACUUCGGAACUAGGGGUGAGAAAAUACAUCAAUAAAGAAGAAUUUCCGGCUUCUAUUUUUUUUUUUUUUUUUAAAAAUAAGCCAUCACCAAUGGUUGUGAGCCAUUGAUGUGGGGGGUUAGGCUUGACCCCUAUCAUGUCCAUUAAUCCAAAAAGAUACAGAGUUGAGGGAGGACAUG